UUGUCUGUAGUGUCUGUGUUAACCACACCAGUGCAACCCAGUGGCUUAAACUUGAAGGUAACAACUGCAGUGGAUUCCCCACGGCCUCCCCCUGCAUACCCGUCUCAGUCCUCCACUGCUGGUGUGGAGCAGCCCUCUGCCUUCACUCAGGUCCUGAGUCAGGUCAUGAAGUCUUCCAGCAGCACCCCACCUGUAGUAGGACCAACACUUUUCGGACUGCCCAGCCAGAGCAGCACGCUCUCUGCUCCUACAGCCUCUAACCCGAUCACUGCUGCCCCCGCCCUAGCCAGCAGCUCUGAGUCAGUGAGUAACACAAACCCUCUGCUGGCUUCAGGGUUCAAGCCCAUUUUCGCUGUCACUACCACCACAUCCUCGUCGUCAGCUACAUCAGCUCCAGAGAGCAAACCUCCUGUCCAAAGUUUCAAGCCCAUCUUCGGAGGUGCCACUGCAGUCACUGGCUUUGGACAGCCUGCCACCCUCACAACCACCAACCCAGUCUCUGCAGCAACUGGUACAUCCUCAAUAUUUGGUGCAUCAACAAGCAGCACCACAGCUGCCUCAUCUGUUUUUCCUGGCUUGACCAACCCCCUCACGGGAACAGUUUCCACCAGCGCCAUCAACACCACAACACAACCUGCUACCAAACCAAGUGUGAAGUCCCUCUUUGGUAACUGGUCCACACCAUCUACAACAAGUAACAGCUCAGCCACAGUGCAGGCCCCUAAUACAGGGAGCUCAUUUCAGUUUGGAACUGCUACCACCACUACUGCAGCUGCCCCUGCCCCAGCUGCUGCUGCUACCACAACCUCCAGCAAUGGAGCCUUCACAUUUGGUCUCACACAGGCGGACCCUCAAGCUGCCAAGCAGAAGGCAUUUGCCUUUGGUCAGCCAGCGCCCAGCCAAAACUCAACCACUGCUUCAUUUGGAGGCUUUGCUAUGGCCAAUGCUGCAGCCACCACUGCUACUGCCCCCACCCAGUCCACUUUCCCCUUUGGGAAGUCGUCAUUUGAACCGCCAGCAAUGCAGUCAAACUUUGGCUCCUCAGCAGCACAACCAAAACCAUUCCCCUUUGGAAGCAACCCAGCAUCAUCCACGCCUGCUCCUAAUCCCGCCCAAGCUCCUUUCAAUUUCGGGUCUGCUGCUGCCACCACAGGAACUACAUUUGGGACCCCAGCUAAACCAGCAUUUGGAGCUGGUUCCACUGGUUUUGCUUUUGGUGGAACCACUGCUCCACCGGCUGCACCCACUGCUGCUCCGAGCUUCGGUGCAGCAACCCAGACUCAGAGCUCCUCCUCAGCCACAUUCACAUUUGGUAGUGCUGCUCCUCAGCCAGCUGCCUCUGGUCCAUCUCAGCCGGCACCCAGUGGAUUCAACUUUGGUGGUGCUGGUAUACCGUGCCCUCAGUUUGGAACACCAGUUGCCAAUAAUCCUGCACCACAAAUGGGAGGCUUCAACUUUGGGGCUGCUGCUACUGACAAAUCAGCUUUUGGAACAUCUACCCCAUCAUUUGGCCAGAGUGCUGCUGCAGGUCCAAUUCCCUUUGGAAGUCCUGGAACUCCUGUCCAAGGCUUCAAUGCUGUUCCUUUUGGGUCUCCAGCGGCUCCCUCCUUCUCUAUUGGAGCUGGAUCUAAGACAUCUGGAGCACGUCAGAGGCUGCAGGCGCGGAGACAACACAACAGGAAGAAAUAGCCUGUUACUUGUGUCGAUCACUGCUUUCAGGGGACUUCUGCUGCUGCUGCUAUUAUGGCUAACCUGGCUAACAUUGCUCUGUUCUAAGCUCAACAAACCCCAACCAGGCCGUCAUCAUCCACUCUGCCUCCUACACCUCCUCCAGUGGGAUUGUGCUGGCCCUAAACAUUGUUUGCAGAGGAGUUAGAAUGAGCACACCAGCUUGCUGAGUUCAGGCUGCCUGAAUGACUACAUGACCCAGUGAGGGAACGUAGCAGUGAAGAGAUAGAACCCAGAACAAUGUACAUUACUUGAAGAGGAAGAAAAGACAAUUGAAUAGUUUGAUUCUGAACAAAAAGCAUAUCCAAAGUUAUUUUUCCUUUAACAGUAUGUGGACACUCCAAUUGGUUCGUCUUAAGGAGAAAGUGGAGUCACACAAAGACACAGAGCCUCAGCUCAAACAUUUAUUUUUUUACGUGAAGCGCUCGCUGGUUUGUAUGUCUCUGAAUAUUUGAGUACAUUCUCUGAAUGAGUCUGAUUUGGAUGAAAUGCACAGUUAAUUCAGAUAUGGUACACAACGCUGCAGUGUAAAUGUAAAGUUAUGAGUCGUGUGCAUUAUAAAUUAUUUUUUUAAUUGGAUCUCUGACCCUGUAAAUGAGUGAUGUGUUUCUGCACUUAAGGGCAACUUAGUUAAUGUCUUAAUGUAGUUAGUGAAGACCCUUGUGUUUUUGUUUCAUACUUUGUCAUUACAAGCAUUCCCAGAGUCCUCAUGUGGGCAGCCUUGUUUUGGUAGCGAUGCCAACACGGAUGUAAUUACGGAGUCAGUAUAUGAUUAGGAUGACUACUCUUAAUUUGUGCUGUCGAACCAAAGCCAAUUCUUCAACUUCAUGCCUGUGAAAACAACCUGUGAUCUGUAUCUCAUCUUUACAUCCUGAGACGUGUUUGUUUGUGCCAGACUACCUCUUUACCUCCCAGGCUCUAAAGUCUUGUUAGUUCACAAAAAAAUAACAAACCAUACAGCAUUGGCUCGAUUCAUAAAAUUUUACCUUUAACUACUGUUAAUACAGAUGUACUUUAAUAAAUAUGGUGAAGUUUUUUUUUCCUUUCAAACGUCUGUGGAACAACAUUUUCUCCCCACUUCUGAAAUAUCACAGUUCCAAUAAAUUACACUACAUUGA